AUGAGUAGUCCUCUUCUACUGCUUUCAGUUGGGACUUGGGGUGCUAGGGUUUUGAAUCCGGUGGGGAACCAGGUUGCUGUGCCACCAGGCGCGUAUCGAAUGUUUGACGUAAUCUUAAACUUGAAGACAUUGAACGAAGAUGAGGCAAAUUCGGAGAGGCGGUAG